AAAUCAUUAAUUAAUAAUGUCAUCGCUUAUGUAUCUAACUCGGAAACUAUAGACGAUAUUAUCAUAACUUAUAUAUGUUCGGUAUUUUAUAGUAGUACUGAAUAAAACAACAAUAUUUAACUUUACCGACUUUUUAAAAGACAUUAUUUCCACGAAUGGCCUUAAAAGCUUUGACCUAUUUCAUUCCAUACGCUCUAUUAUCUCUUUAGUUCCGUCUUCAAUUCAAACAUCAAACAAACACACACACACAUAUAUAUUUUCUAUACAUUCAUGUAGUACAUCUAUAUAAGAGAGAGUUUGGAUCAAAAGAACUUAAAACAUCCACUCUUGAUUCAUGGAUGAUGAAAAUUUGUGGAAAGUUGUGAAGAAAGAUUCCAUCUUCGAAACGACUCAUUUCUCUUCAAAACCUGUUUUUACACGAAGCUUCUCAACAAAAACUUCUUCUUCUUCUUCAAAACCCGUUUUCACAAGAAGUUUCUCAACUAAACCCACUUCGUAUUCUUCAUCAGAGCCCAUCUUUAGACGGAGUUUCUCUGCAAAACCCACUUCUUCGAAAUCUCCGUUUCUAUCUAGAAGCGGUUCCACGAAAUGCCCUGUUGAUACAUCUUCUACUUCCAAGUGUUCCAUCUCUCGGAGCUUGUCUCAGAAAGGAGCUUCGGUGACCCGAAAGUGUCGUAAUAUGGCCAAGGAACACAAGUCUCGGUUUUACAUCAUGAAACGUUGCGUUCUGAUGCUCGUUUGUUGGCACAAACAUGCCUGUGAUUCGUGAAGAAAGAUGCAUAAUUAGGUUAUUUAAUUACAGAUUCACUCUUUUUUUCUUAUUUUUUUACCCAUCUGUUAAUUUUUUUCCUUAAGUUUUCUGUAUUAAUGAUAUACUCCCUCCAUCUCUUAAAUUAAAUGUAUUUUUGUUUUAUUUAUUUAUUUUACAAAGUGAUGUUUUACAUUUUCAAAACAAAUAGAAAGAAAAAAAAUCAAAUUUACUCAUGUCAGAUGUAAUGUAUAUACAGUCUAAGAUAACAUUUAAUUUGAAAUGGAAAAUAGAAUUUUAUUGAAUCACAUUUGUAUCUCUA